CUUCACUUCACUCGGAAUAACAAAAUUGACGGGAAAAAAAGCGCGAAACCCUAGUGGCCGGCCGAGAAAUGUCGACGUGGCAGAUAUUCUUCGAUGACCAGAACAAUUUCCGGUGGGAAACGACCGUUCGGCAGCUCCAGGAAGAAGAACAGUACGACGUUGCAGCUCAACAGCUCGCCGCCACUCGCCGCCUCCCUUCCAUGGCUGAUCUAUUGCUUCUAGGUUGUUCGGAGUUAUUGGAGAAUGGAACGGAGAAUGUGGAGAACCCAACCAUGUUUCGAACUGGAUUGGGGAGAUGUGUUGAUGUGAAGCAAUCGUCAAUGGAAAAAGCACGUUCAGUUCUUGGUGAUAUCAAUCACGAUGCAAUUGAUGCAGGCCACUUGGACUUGGAAGAAAAUGAGGCUUCUCCCUUGAAACUAAUACCCGAGACUCGCUUGGUGAAUUCUGCAGCCGUAUUUAUGUCUGGUUUGCAGAGUACUUCGAGGAAUGCAGUUAAUAUGUCAAAUACAAUGUUCCAAACAGGCUCGGGGAAAGCAGUCAACAUAUCUUCAGCCGGCCUACUUAGAGCAAAAACCUUAUUAUGUCUGGAGGAAAAUUGGGACCAAGAGUCUGGAAAUGGGUUUGAGCAGAAACAGGAACAACCGACUUCUACUGAGCUCCUUUCUUGGGAAAAUCUAUCUCAUAUAGAGUCCAAGAACCCAAGUAACUUAACCAUUAGUAGUGCCACUAAGGUUAUAUCAUCUACAGUUAAGUCUGGUUCUGGGAUAAGUGAAUCAACGAACUUUCCUGAUUUCAUGAACACUGCAGCCAAGCCUCCUCCAGUCAAAUUCCUAACUGCUGGUGGAAGGUCUAUUUCGGUUUCCAGCGCUGCAUUGAAACGAGCAAGGAGCUUGCUCGGAAAUCCUGAGUGUGACUCAUUUCUUAAUGAUGAAGCAAGCACAGUCGAGCUAAUGCUUCCUUUGGCUGAUGAUGGAACACCGAGUUGUGCGUCAAACCCAAAGAGAGACUUUAGUACGCCAUUUUCAAGCAAAUUUAAAGAAAAUGGUGACAGUUCAUCGAGCAAGUUUACAUCUCCCCAUGGAUCACAUUUACUCCGAAUGCAGUCAUUUGGUAAGUCGGGAAAUCUACAACCAGGGAAUAACUUGAUUACACAGUUUGAUGCAGAGGUCGGACUCAACAGUUCUAACAGGCAUUCUAGUGACCUUAAUUUUGGUCGACAGCAGCUGAAGAAUAAACCGAACUCAGGCAAAACUGAUGUGGGAAAUGCUUUUCAGCGUAAUAUUGAUCCCCCAAAGAGGUCUUCCAAUGGGGCACUGGCGGAUAUUUCAAAUACCAUGAAUACAAUUUGCAAGGACCACAAACAAUAUUUGGGUGAUAAGAAAAGACUUGGCACAACUAGUUCUAUAUCUCCAUUCAAGAGGCCCAAAGGUUCAUUUGUCACCCCUUUAAAGAAAAAUAGCAUUUCGGCUACUAAAGAUUUACAUAGGUUAGCACCAAAAGAGGCGUCCUGCAAACAGAGGGUUUCCAUGAGAUACCCACUUCAGGCUUCACGGGUGUAUCUUAAAGAGUAUCUUUUGCAGCCUCCUUCGGUUCAAAAGGAGCUGGAGAACUUGCCUGAAUAUGUGAAGAGAAUGAACCCUUCUGCUGCUGAGAGUUACACAUUUACAAAAGAAAUACCUCCAAAUUGUAGCGGACCAGAAGCAUUUUACGGGAUGUUGUCUCAGUAUGGGGCUUCAGUUCCAUACUUGACCAAAGAGUGGGUGGCAAAUCACUAUAAGUGGGUAGUAUGGAAAAUUGCCUCUUACGAAAGGUGUUAUCCUGCUAAAUUUGCCGGAAAACUGUUAGUUGUCUCUAAUGUGCUCGAAGAAUUAAGAUACAGAUAUGAGAGAGAAGUAAAUCAUGGGCAUAGGUCACCCAUCAAGAAGAUCUUAGAUGGAGAUGCACCACCUUCUUCAAUGAUGGUUCUCUGCAUUUCCGCUGUUAGUGAAAAUCAUGACCCAAGGUCUGGAAAUCAUUUUGUUUCCCCAGAUGAUGGCAAAGAUAAAGCUCCAGCAAUUGAAUUAACUGAUGGGUGGUACUCGAUGAAAGCUCUGUUGGAUGAACCCCUAUCUGAGAAGCUUGCUUCAGGGAAGUUGUUUCUUGGGCAAAAGCUCAGGGCAUCUCAAACAACUAGUUUAUUAUUGCAUAUGAACGGUACAUACAGAUGUCAUUGGGCUGAGCGGUUGGGAUUCUGCAAACAUGCUGUUGGUCCAUUGGCAUUCAGAUGCAUCAAGGAAACUGGAGGAGCAGUCCCCAGCACUUUAGUUGGCGUAACUCGGAUCUACCCACUUCUCUAUAGGGAAAAGUUAAGUAAUGGGAGUUUUGUUGUGAGGUCUGAGAGGAUAGAAGCAAAGGCACUGCAAUUGUAUAACCAAAGGCGCGAUACUAUAGCUGAAGGAAUCAUAUCAUCAUUUCAGAGAGAAGCCGAAUUCGAUGUCGGUGGUGAUCAUGAAAGCGAAGAAGGGGCCAAGCUUAUGAAGCUACUCGAGACAGCUGCUGAACCAGAGGUUUUAAUGGCGGGGAUGAGCUCGAAGCAACUAACUUCCUUUGCAUCUUAUAAAGCUAAGUUGGAGUCAGAGAUGCAAAAAUCUAUCGAGAAAGCAGUGGAGGAUGCUGGGCUUAGUGAGAGAGAUGUUACUCCAUUUUUUCGCAUUAAAGUUGUUGGCUUGACAAAAAGAUGCAAAAAUUCACCAAAGUCUCGUCCAAAGCAAGGCUUGAUAACAGUGUGGAACCCGACUCAGAAACAGACACUACAGCUGUGUGAAGGGAAAGCAUAUGCUGUUGAAGGUCUUGUACCAUCUAAGUCUGAUCCAUAUACCCUCUGUUUACAAGCAAGAGGAUCGUCCAGCAAGUGGCUGCCUUUCUCCCCCGUAAUGAUGGAAAAUUUCGAGCCAUUUUUUGAUCCUCGCUCUUCGACUGCAAUAUCGACUUUGGGUAAAGUCCCUCUGUCCGGGGAGUUUGACAUUGCGGCUUUCAUCAUUUAUGUGGGAGACGUGUAUAGACAUGGUCAUCAACAAAAACAGUGGGUAUUUGUAACAGACGGGUCUACCAAAGAAGUUUGUUCGUCAGAUGCAAUACUGGCAAUUAACUUCUGCCUGCCAUGGGUUGAAUUUGAUUCUUGUGCACCAGUAAACUCCAAUGCUGCUGGAUCUGUGGUUGGGUUCGUUAAUCUCACCAAGAGACCGAGAGAUCAAGUAAAUGGCUUGUGGGUGGCUGAAGCUACUGAAAACUCGGAUUAUUUUCUAAGUUACGAUCAAAAGUGUCGAAACCACUUGAAAGAUGUAGCUGGUUCUGUCUUAAAAUGGGCAAAUACAUCAAAACCGGUAAUCGAGAAGCUUCAGCGAAACAUUUUAUCAAUAAUCAGAAACUCACAAGAUGGAAGCCGAUGACCUAUUUAACCACAUAAAUGCAAAUUCCCUUAAAGGAUUUUUAUCACAAGGUUGCAUGAGAAUUUGGAAUGGGAAUGCUUAAUUUUUCCAGCCUGUUUCAAGUUGUCUCUAGUAAAUUUUGUUUGUAUAGUUAUUAUUUCUUUUUGGUUUUCACCAAAUAAGCAUAUUCUGAUUGCAGAACUCAAUGUAAAGUAAUAUUGAUGUGUUAGCUGAGUUUGUGUACCAAGUCUACAACAGAUCAUAUUUUUGUUCUCUGUAAAUGUCAGGUUACAGCCAGCAAGGAAAAUCAUCAGCUUUUUCAGAAUUUUUUUGAACUUG